AUGGCGCUUCCACAAAACCCGCUCCGCCUUCUUUUCAACCUUUUCGUCAUCUCGGUGCUGCUCGCGGCCGCAACGGCGAGGCCAUCAGCCGACGGCGGCCCUCGGAUCGUGAGCCGACGGCAGCUGGUCAUCGACCCGCCCACCAUGGCCUGCGGGCCCUGCACACAGGAGGGUGUCAAAUGGUGCACCCGGUGCUCCAUGGCCCACGAGAUGCGCUGCGCCGACGAGUUCUCGGUCCCGUGCGAGCCGGCUACCGACCAUGGCACGCCUCGGCCGGAGGACCGAGGAUGGACUUCACAGACAUAG